UUCGUUGUUCUAUCCUGUUCCAUCGAUCCACUUGAACCAAGAAAGAGUCGGACCCGAAUCUGGCACCACCCACACAGCGGCACAGCCAAAAGAUUCUUUCGAUCAAGUUGACGAUUGACGAUUGAUCAUCGAUCGUGUCAUGGGCUCGAGGGCGCAAAAGGUAAAAAGCUGUGCUGAAUAAUCAAAGGUGAUGAGGUGAUAGUCGUCGUGCUUGUCAUUCUCUACCCGAAGAAGAAAAUUCAACUCUCCACAAAUACAGCGAGUUCCGUCAAAGCCUACCUUGAUCAACCCGUUCAAGGAGAAUGUCCCAUCACGACCACCUCACACCGCCUACGGUCUCCAAGACCCCUUCGAUGAUUUCGUCUCCAGACGAAGAGAUGACCGUCAACGAUCCCACUCAUCAAGGUCCCUUUGACAAACUCGGGCCGACGAAAAAGGCCAUCCUUCUCGCCGUGUUCGCCAUGGCCACCGCGAUCGACGUCCUGAAUAUCAGCGCGUUGCUCAUUCUCACUCCCGACAUUGCUGCAGACCUCGGCUUGAACGCUGGCAACGUGACAUGGGUAAUCGUCGCCUACACCCUCACAUUCGCUGGAUUCCUCCUGUUCAGCGGCAGACUCGCCGACAUCUUUCCUGCACAACUAGUCUUCCUGAGCGGAUUUGGGAUGCUCGGAAUCCUCCUCCUUGUAUCCAGCUUCAUGGACAACAAGUACGCUUUCCUCGUUCUUCGAGCACUGCAGGGCUUGGCAGGCUCGAUGACCCUUCCGUCCGCUUAUCACCUCAUCGUCCACCUCUACACCGACCUGACGAAACAGCGAGCGGCACUUGCUAUGAUCGGUCUGAUCGCGGGUAUCAGCAACUCUCUCGGUAUCGUCCUCGGUGGGGUCUUUGGACUAGGCAACGCGUCCUGGAGAUGGCUGCUGCGUUUCCUUGCCAUUCUAGCGCUUUGCGCCUUUGCAGUUGGCGCGUUGAUGAUGCCGCUCAGAAAGCACACCGUUAGCCAUACGAGUCAAUUCUCCAGACUUCAACGCCUGGAUAUCGGCGGGGCAGUGAUUCUCACCAGCAGUCUUUGCCUCUUUAUCCUCGGCUUAACAAGUGGAACCACCGAUGGAUGGACCAGUGCCAGCUUCCUGGCCCCCUUUCUGAUCUCUCUGGCGCUUUUCGUCGGCUUCUGGGUCUGGGAAGGGUUCCAGCACGAUGAGAAGGCUCUACUUCCAAUUUCAUUGAUGCGGGCUCCCAAUCUCAUUCUCCUGUGUUUCACUGCCCUCACUCCUUUCCUUUGGUGGGCUACCAUUCAAUUUGAGCUAGCCAAUGUCUGGCAGACUGCUGCGUACGGUUACUCGCCCAUUCUAGUCGCAGCGCGCCUCCUGCCGAUGGGUCUUACAGGUCUGGCUGUUGGCGCGGUAGUCCACGUGUUUCCGGUCGUUCUUCAGCGGCCAAAGUACACCGUGCUUAUCGGAUUUCUGCUCUCCAUUGUACCCGGACUCGUCCUCUUGAUUCUGAGUGACGGUGGACGUGGGAAUGACUACUGGGCGUUCCUGUUCCCCUCGUUCUUCAUCGGGUCGAGCGGGAUGUUCUUUGCUUUCCUAGCAAUCCAAGUCAGCGUCAUCCAAGCUCUGCCCCCCUCGGCAUCUGGAGUCGCGGGCGGCCUGCUUCAGAUCUUCCUGCAGAUCGGCUCUGUCAUCGGUCUUUCCGUCAGCGCCGGUUUGUUUUCUCGAGUCAAUAACGAUUUCUCGAACUGGGACGGAGUCCGAUACUUCAGCUACUUCGAUAUCGCCUGGGUCGGGUUCACGAUGAUCGUCUUCGCUAUUUUCUACCGCCCAGCAAAGGUCUCUCACCCAGUCAGCAAGAGCUUGAAGGACGAGGAGGGCGAAGGUGUAGCGAUGACACACGGCGUCACUGGGUCGAAAGGACAACAAUCGGUUUGA